GUAAUGCAUUUGUGGUGAGCCUAGCUCUGGCUGAUCUGGUGGUGGCCUUGUAUCCAUACCCACUUGUGCUCUUAGCUAUUUUCCACAAUGGAUGGACAAUGGGUGAAGUGCACUGUAAAGUGAGUGGCUUUGUGAUGGGACUAAGUGUAAUAGGCUCUAUUUUCAACAUCACUGCCAUUGCAAUAAACCGAUAUUGCUAUAUAUGUCAUAGUUUUGCCUAUGACAAAGUGUACAGCUGUUGGAACACGAUGCUAUAUGUCUCCUUAGUCUGGAUAUUAACAGUAAUUGCAACUGUGCCAAAUUUUUUUCUUGGCUCUUUAAAGUAUGAUCCACGCAUCUAUUCAUGCACCUUUGUUCAGACUGCAAGCUCCUACUAUACAAUAGCUGUUGUGUUAAUUCACUUCAUCGUCCCUAUUACCAUUGUGAGCUUCUGCUAUCUUCGAAUUUGGGUUUUAGUGCUUCAAGUUAGAAGACGAGUCAAGUCAGAAACAAAGACAAGACUGAAGCCAAGUGACUUCAGAAACUUUCUUACCAUGUUUGUGGUUUUUGUGAUUUUUGCCUUUUGCUGGGCACCUCUGAACUUCAUCGGACUGGCUGUAGCCAUCGAUCCCAUGGAAAUGGCACCAAAAGUUCCUGAAUGGUUAUUCAUUAUAAGCUACUUCAUGGCCUAUUUCAACAGCUGCCUUAAUGCAAUAAUAUAUGGUCUUCUUAACCAGAACUUUCGGAAUGAAUACAAGCGAAUAUUAAUGUCACUGUGGAUGCCAAGGCUUUUCUUCCAGGACACUUCCAAAGGUGGAACUGAUGGUCAGAAGAGCAAGCCUUCUCCUGCUUUAAACAACAAUGACCAAAUGAAAACUGAUACCUUGUAAAUAUGUAAUAGUCAAUGCAGAGUCUGUCAUGGAGAAACCCAAGAAUAUAGUUGUUACAUUUGGAUCAUUUUUGCUUUCUUCAGGGGUCUUUCCAUUUUGAUGGCACUUUGUGACUGAAUACUGUCUUCUUGACAAAGCA